AUGGCCCCGAACCUCCGUUCUUCUUCUCACGCCACCAAUUCGCGCCCCUCUACCCCUUCUGGCGCCCCGGCGUCGAACACUGCUCCCGCUUUUACCGAUUCCGCCAGACCUCGCAAACAGCGUCGUACCGAUAGACGCAGUCGCGUGGCCACCGAUCCGCCUCACGGUGAUGCUUCGCAGGGACAGGCCGAGGCAGGCGCCGGCGACAGCUUGAGCGAAUCUCAUUUGACCGGAAGAUCUGCCGAAUGGACCGAGCCUCCCCUGAGAGAGCCUGUGCCCAGCUACGCCGACACCCCGUGGUCCGGAGUGUCCACCGACCUCAAUCCUGUGCUGGCAACCAUGCGUCCGCUGGGAGCCAUGCCAUCCGCCGCCGACUUGCGCAAAGUGGGACUAGUUCCGAAGGCCAACCCUCCCAGCGUUCCAGCUCAGCUCCAAGUGUUUACGCCCGACGGUCAGAAUGACGGCACCCAGCCUCCAUCCUCAACCCCCCUGUCUCUCGCGGAAGAACAGGCCCCCGAGCCCGAGCCCGAGGCUGAGCCCGAGCCCCAGCCUCUGAAGAUCAGCACCCCGGACUAUGUCGCUACGUUUACUACUCUGCCCGUGCCGACUUCUACCAACGUGGAUGUGGAGAAGUUGAAGGAGGCCGUUGAAAAUGCCCUCACCCUUGCCGCAGAAACUGGCAACCGCCCCGUCAUGUGCGGCCUCAUGCGUCUGUGGGAAAAGUGCAAUGACGACCCGUUCUCUUUAUCUAUCUUGAAUGCGAUCUGCCAGGAAAACCCGAGCCCCCGGGAGAGAUCGGCUUUUCAGACCGUGAUGCGCAGCGCCUGGAGGGAGGUCCGCCUGGAGGAAGAGGCUGCAAUUCUUGGCGAGGAAGCCCCUGCAGGUGCAGGAGUGACUACGGGCCGUCCUCGCUCGGCUAGUUCACUUUCAUCUCUCUCCUCGGCCAAGUCCCUCGAUGUUGAGACGUUCGCCCCCGGAAUGGCGCCCGGGACGGGCAAGGCUCGCACUCGCGCUAAGGGCAAACAGGCCAAGGCGGCUACCGCGCAGAAAACCAAACAAGCCGACCCGCCAAGAACGCGCCAGUCAGCCUUCCCAACCAACGAGUCCGUCCUGGAAAGAAAGCGUGCCUUGGAAGAGGACCCAGAAUUUUCCGAGGAGGCUUUGAACGCGAAGCGGACCCGCCUGCAGAAAUCGCUUCCGAACAUCGUGGCCACGUCAAGUGAGCUGCGCUCGUCACUGACUGCCAACCCCGCUUCGGACAGCUCACCCGCGGCUCCCACCCGGCCCUCACGCUCCAACACUGGCCCUGAUGGCGCCGCGACCAAUCGCAGAGACCGGUCAGAAAGCGUGGCGAGCAGCGACGCUCCCGACAAUCGGCGCCUGUCGCCUACCAUGCAUGACGAGGAUGGCGAACAAGAGGAGAUUGACAAUAGCGACAUCUGCGGUGAAUGCGGAACUCCCGGAGAUCUCCUGUGCUGCGACGGGUGUGACCGCUCCUACCACCUCACCUGUCUGGACCCACCCCUGAAUGAAGUCCCAUCGGGGUCGUGGUAUUGCUCCAAGUGUAGCGUGAGGCGGCCCGUGGGCACAUUGCUAUCCAAUCUCGACAAUCUCAAGCAGAAGGAUUUUGCUUUACCCCUGGGUAUUCGCGACCAUUACACGGGCGUCCGUACCGGUGAACGUGGGAGGUACGAAGAGACCCUACCUUUGCCGAGACUCCAGCCUCGGACGGUCCGGGGGAGUCGCACUGGCGCGUACGAUGACCCCGUUCUACUGCGAGAAAGGGACACCAAGGGGAACUUGAUCUUUUGCCAUGGGUGUGGGCGCACCACCGGCGGCACCAAACCCAUCAUCCAGUGCGAUUACUGUCCUCUCGCCUUCCAUCUCGACUGUCUCGACCCUCCUCUGUCCAAUCCUCCCGUGCAAAUCCGCAGUGAGCGUCCGCAUCAAGCUUGGAUGUGUCCGAACCACACCUACCACGAUCUGUACUACCUCGUCAAGGACGAGGAGGGAUACGACACCCAGAGGCGCAUUCGCCGUCCCAAACGCCCCCGCUUGAUCGACAUUGACGUCCUCCUCGAGGACUCCGAAGCCGAGAAGAUCGAAGACAACGAGGAGCAAGGUGUCAUGUAUCGGGUCUCCGAAAAGGGGGUAAAGCUUGACUUUGUCAAGCGGGUCAAAGACAGGGAAAUCUUUGAGAUAGAAGUUAAGAAGGCUGUUGCGCUUAGGUUUUUGGACUACGCCAAAAAUGAGUUUAACAAACUCAACAAGGGCGCCAGGGAAUUUUACGAUUCCCAACAGUGCCCUGCUGCGGCGGAGGCAACAACGGCGGGGGCCCCCACCCGCACCACGGUGGAGCAGGAGGCCGCCGUCAACCUGAUUGCCUUCGCCCGGCAGGGCACUGUUGAACCUCCCCUUGAGGAGGGCAAAAUUGCCCUCCUCAUCGACCAACUACGGGCACAUGCGCCCGUAGAUCUGCCUUCGGCAGAUACAGAGGUUGCGUCCCUGGAGUCCCUCCAGGAGUUGAUCGGGCAGCGCAUCAAGUCGCUGCAAGAAGAAGCUGCCCGAUCGGCUCCAGAGGGGGACUCUGGGGACGUUAUGGAGGUGGAUUAG